UCUGUUCGCCCGUAGCGUCUCGUCCAUAAUUUAUAAUUCAUCACAUUUUUGUGUGGUUUAUAAAUCGUCUAAAAUAAUCCAAUCAAAUACACCAUGGAUAUGAAAUUUGAAAAACGUAGUGCGCCGGUGUGGACGCCUGAAUUUUUCCUAGCGAACGAAUCGGUUUGUCUCGAGCAGUUGACCGACGGUGCGACUUGGCGCUCGAUACCACUGCUGAACUGUACCGAGAACUCACAACACCUGCCGGACGGAUCGUUGGUGCGGUUCCGUGGCAUGGUGCAGGAUAUGCAGGAUCCCGAGUGCUACCUGGAAGGAUAUGACGUGCGCAGCAAAUCGGACGGAUCAGUUGUACGCCGCCAGAACGGUAAAUUCCGCGACAUUUUAGUGUACAACGAAGCGACCGAGGUGGUUGAUGGUAGCAGCACGGCAAACGGUACGUUCGGCGAGCGGCGGUCGAUGUUUGUGAUAAGCAUUCCGGGCCAGAACCCGUGGGCGUCGGCCUGCGAACGGGAACUAAACGGUGGCAACCUAAGCCGAACCGAACAGCCGGUCACCGAUAGUAGCGAAGAACAGCGGUCGUCUGUGAAACGAGCACAUGAGGAUGAGAUGGAAGUUGAUGGCGCUUCAGGGAUAACGGGUUCGACGGACACAUCUUGUACAUCGGUGCCCGCAACGAAUGGCGUUAAAAAAAUUGCCACAACACCGGCGCAUCCGGCUGGGACGUCUUCGCUGCUGUCGGUCGACUAUCUGCUCAAUUCGCCCAUCACCGAUCGCCCCAGUAAGGCAUGCUUGGUGAAACUGUACAGUAACUAUGACGACUGGACGCUGAAUACACUCGUCGAAGUAGUCGGAUUUCUUUCCAUCGAUCCGGCCCUCGACGGUAGCGGUGACCGGAUAGAGGAGGACGAUUUCACCGACGACGUAACCGAACACCAGGCGACCAAUCCACCGCCGUCACUCAUACCCCGACUGCAUGUCAUCGGUGUGCGCAAAUUGUCCCACACGAAUCCGCUCAUGCACUAUCACCCGGUAGAUCUCGCCGAAGUGGAUCAUGCGGAAGCGGAGCUAGGAAAUGCCUGCAAGGAUCUUCACAAUCUUUUCACUCAGUGCCUGUUCGGAGAUCGGGUGGCGGCCGAUUAUUUGCUUUGCCACCUGGUGUCAUCGGUGUACAUACGCGACGAGGUGGAGUCGCGUGGACAGUUCAGCUUGAACCUCAGCAACAUCCCAGCGGAAGUAUUACCGAGCUACACACAGUCUUUGUACGAACUGCUGGAGCUGCUACUUCCGGCAAGCCACUACUUUCCAAUGACGCUGGAAAAUAUGAAUACGGUCCAGUUCGUCCCACGUAAGGACUACACGACCAACAAGCUGACGAGUGGCUUGCUUCAGCUUGCGCCCCACACGCACCUGGUACUAGAUGAAACGCGCCUUGAGGCAGGCAAGUUGGAAUCGGCCGGUGUGGAAGCUGUCCAGAAUGUUUCCCAUCUGAUCAAAAGCCAACGGUUACGGUACAACUUUCAUUACUACCAACUCGAGUUCAAUGCCGACGUUCCAGUGCUGGUGCUGAGCGAGGGCCGUAGUAUGCUGCCAAGCAAUUGCUACCUGCCUCUCAUACCGGAUCUGGACGCGAUCAAGCUGAUCGAUGAAACGAUAAAGGCUGGCCGUCACUACAUCGCACCGAAGUUACCCACGAUACGUCGCUUUCUGACGGCGGCUCGCAUUCAGGAGUUUGAUAUGAAGACGCUCGACCCGACCAUCGUGCAGGAGGACUUUGUGCGGAUGCGCACCGCCGACAGUUCCAUAUCGAUGGACGAUCUACACGCGCUGUUCGUGCUGGCCCGGUUACUUGGGCUGAGCCAGGGCCGGAAAGCGCUGCGCCGUGAGGAGUGGGAACGGGCGAAGGAACUGGAAGGGGAGCGCCGGAAACGGUUGGAAAUGUUUGCAAAGCGAACCAGCGAGCCGUAGCGAUGGGAAUGUCGUCAUUCGAAAGCGUUCCCUCAACAGCGUUUGUACAAUGAAUCCGAGUUUUCAUUUUCUUUUACCAAAUUCUCGUCUUUUCGUUUAUUGUUCGUUAUGUUCUAAGGUGGAAAACAAACUAACAAAUAAAAUGUCGUCGUCGUCACGGA